AGGGAAAUUCUUAAAAGGAUGAGUUCUCAGGCUUUGGUGCCUUAUCACUGACGUGGCCAGAGCAACCAGAACCACCUUCCAUCAGGAGAAAAUUCACCUUCAUCUUGACAAAUCCUCCUAAUUCUGCAGUCUACUAGAUAAUUCUGAGCUGCUCAAAGCAGGCACAUUAGGAUCUUUUGAUCCCUGCUAUGCCUCUUGAAAUGCAGCCAGCCAAUCACAUCUACCAGUUUGGCUACAGCAGAUAAUUAGAGCAGAACAAGAGAAUUAGCAAAGCAAGAGUCACCUUCUUUACAAGUCACCUUCAGCCUCACUCAGUUGUGCUUGGUCUGCUCCAAGUGCCUCCAGUCAAGCUUUGCCAUGCCAAGAUGGGCUUUUGCCCAUUUAGGGUCACAUUUCUAGGAAGCCUACGCACUCUCAACACUUACAACCCCUGAGCAAAGGAGCACUAACGGAACACGGACUUCGUUUUUCAGAGACAAAUUAUUCCUGACUGUUCUCUGUUACCAGGCCAAUUGAAAAAAGAAAAAAAAAAGGAGAGAGAAAAUAAUUGGUUUUUGAGGCACGCCACUGCCAAGCAGGUCACUGGCAGUGCAUAGUAGCAGCCUGGUGGGUAUGUUUUGUUCAUUACAGAAGUACAAGUCCUGUUAGGGAUCUCAGGAGAGCAUCCCCGCUCUCCAAGCCUGGCACGGUCCCUCUUGCUGUUCCCAUUUGGGAGUGUGCUAGGGACUCACACGGACCCAUCAUGUGAUCAGCAGGCUUUGGUCCCGCUGCCUGGCAAGGAGCCUGGGCUUUGGAUGCCUUCUGGGGAGAAUGGGGAGGUCACACCUCCUGAUACUCCACAGGUACUGAAGGCUUGUUAAUAGCAGUGGCGCCUGGAUGGACACUGACCCAGCCUGCCUCAACAAAUCUGUGUUGAUUUUCUAACCUGGUGGCUGGAAUGGGGCUUAGAGGUGAGCAGGGCAGAGGUUCCUCUUCUUCUGCCCAGGGGAGGAGACUGUACCUUCCCAGAGCUGUACUUACUAGAAAUGCUGCUUCCUAGAAGGCUCACGGUCUGCCUGCAAAAAGGAAGGGGUCUGUAUUGUAAUACCAAUAUACCCUUGCACUGUUCCAUGUGCCAACACAGAAGGAAACCCCUACCCAGGGCACAGGAGAGUGCCAUGUAAACAGGUGACCUGGCUCAGCUGAAGGGUGCCUUGGGUGCCAGGAGGACAGGACUGACCCAACACAACUGCCCAGCCACAUCGUCCCCAGGCAGCAUCUGCCUGCUCUUCCCAGGUCCUGAAGGAGCUCCAAGUGAAGGGUGACCCCAUUUGUGACAGACAUGUGAAACGUCCUGUUGAGACAGGUGGGCAGAGACAGAUGCAGAAGCCUGAGCAAUCCUUUACAUCCCCUCAUGCAGGCAUAUCCUGCGAUGUCUGCUCCAGACACACAAAAUCUGGCCUGCCCUGCCUGCGUGACAGCUGUACAGUUUGGCAUGCGGGUAGAAAGGGCCAGCUCCUCCCUGCAGAGGAGGUUUCUGUAGCACAGGAUCAGCCCCCCUGGGAAGGCAGGAGAUACCCACUGUCCAGGCCCUCUCUCAGCCUUGAUCAAAGGCGCUGUGACCCCAGAGCUCUGCUGUGCCUGACUCUUGGGACAUGUCCUGCAAUAAGGGCCUCUGCUUCCCACUCUGAAGCUCCUUUCUUAUGGCACCAACACAUCCACCAGUGAGAAAUGCUCUCCAGUCCUUCCCACCUGGAAGUCUGGAGCCUGCUCUCCCCCAGCUUUCAACUUGCAUUCAUCCCUUACUGGCCAUCCCCUUCCUCAGCUUGGUGGCCUUUAACCAUAAGGGAUAAGACAGAUGUUUGCCAAAAUCUCUUGAGCACAUGAGUGGACCUGCAUCCCCAGUAGCUCCUCUGGGCAGCCUAGCUCUGUCCUACCCUGGCAGCUUGGCCAGCACAGGUGAAGGUGGCUCUCAUAAGUCCAUGGCAAAAGGGGCACCGCCCCAGGGGCAGGCAGGGAGGCAUUGCCCCAUGGGUGGUGAAAAGAACUGAGGUGCCACAUGUCCCUCUGCACCAGCUGGGCACCUGCUGCUUCUCCCUUUCCACAGCCUGCUCCCAGCCUCUGCAGUGCCCAUGGGCAGCAAGAGGACAUGGAGCCAGCCAUGCAUCCAUGCAGGGAGCACUGGCAAGCUCCCGGGCAGGUCUCUGUCCCAGCAAGAGUGGGUGAAGCUGCUUCCCCAGGGCCAGCUCUGCUCAUCAGGGAGGGUUCAGCCAGCAGCACUCCAGCUUUAAUGGGGAACAAAAGCCCUGUGGGGGCUGCAGGGGCUGAGUCACGCAGCAAGGAGGGUGUGGGGCUCCCUGCCAGUCACGGUUCUGUGGAGGAGUGGAAUCGGGGGCUGCUGUGUCCCUUGGGAGGCGCAAAUCCUCCGGCAGGAAUAGAGAGGGGGAGAUGUCAUAGUUUCAUUUAGGACCAGAAAAAGGUUAGGUAACUUGAAUUGAAGGUGCCACUGGGCUGUGGUUCCCAGGGAAAGCCACAGCCCUUCUCCAGCCUCUGCUGCUUCCGAGUUUGGGAUCAGGAAUGGCAUGGGAACGUGCUGUGCCACAGCACCCUGCAGCAGAGAUGUCACAGGGCCACAUGGAGGUGAUGGGGAGUGCUGGCAAGAUGAAUGAGCUGCUUCUGACAACUCCCAAGGUAAUACAACAGUCAGAGCACAUUGAGGAUGGGUUCCAGCUCCAGUCGUGCCAGACCUUCAUGGGAUGACACUGGGAUUAGGGGUGAUGGCAAUGGGUUCUUGGUGUAAUACAUGACUGUCGGGCCCUGUCAUGAUGCAGGGGCUAGCUCUUAUAGACCUGAAGUUCAAAUUUUCCAGUGCCUAGCAGGUAAAGCCUCAGCAUGUGAAUCUGGGGCAGAACAAAUCAGGCACAUAUGGGAGCUCUGUGGGGAUUUCUCACCCCAGCUGGCAUCCACAGCACUAGAGUGGGCAAGGCUGAGGCAGGCCAUAACUGGGACUGUGAUCACAAAGUUCAGUCCCAGCCCAGGACAAACAGACAAUGCAACUCUCCUGAUGGAUGUGGGCAGAGAACUGAAGGGCCUUUCUACCUCUGGAUGCCAAGACUGGAGAAAAAAAUGCCUUGAAUUAGGAAAAAUCAGGGAUAAUGUGGCCUCCUAAAUGGCAAGGAGCUGAGCCAGCUGGGAGGAGGGAGGCCAUGCUACAGCCAUACCUCUGCUUGGUUGAGUACCACUGCCCAUUGUCAGGUACCCUGUGCCCAGAGAGGUCUCAUCCAUGUUGGAUAAUUGGACAAAACAACAGGUACUUUGCUCUGCUGGGGCUGCUGUCAUGCAGUUUUCCAGGCUGCCUGACUUCACCUGAUGGCAGGUCACGUUAAGACAAGUGGCUGAGACCCAGCUCCCUGAGCAGCCCUUGCAGGCAGGCAGAUGCCAGCUAGACUGUGAGCAGAGAGGGGUGGCUGAGUGGUCACCCUCCUCUGCCUCCCCAGACUCCGAAGGGUUAAGUGCCAGUUUCGAGUGUCUCUAAGGUGACACCAGGCUGCCUGCACCGUGCAGCUCCCCGCAGCCCCCUCCCCAUGCACACAGCACACACUCACGCUCACUUUCUGCUUUGUCUUUUGCGAGCUGCUGCAGUGCACAGGCACCUUACUCGCUGCCUAUCUCUGCCUGCUGCUCCUGCUCGGCUGCUGCUGCUGGGGACGCUGAGGUGCGUGCCUGGAGAGGGACCCUCGCAAGAAGGCAACCCAAGCUCUCUUCCGCUUGCUGCAAGCAUCGCUAUCCCUGGACCGUGCUCUCUCCUAAGACCCCUUCUCCGGCGAGCGCUGUGUUUCCCACUCCCUCCCCGCUCCCCUCAGUGCCGGCACCUCCGAGAAGCAGCACCAGCGACUCCGUGUUUCUCUCAGAUAUUCCUCCGCUUCGGAGUGGCAGGGCAGCAGAGACAGCGUAAGGCUGAGCUGCUGUGCCUGAGCUGCCCAAGCUACUAUCAAGAGGCUGAUAAAUACCACUGCAAAAAGUUGAACGCUGCUUUUUCUCGUGCUUGUGCUUCCUCAGGGAGUUAAGCCUCACUGGGAUCGUCCCAUGGCCCUGGGGAGGCAAAGCAGAGCAGCGCCGUGGGACUCUGUGGGGCAAGACCAGGCUGCCCAAGAAGUUUUGGAGGACUCCUCGCCUAGAGAGACACCUCACUUCACCAUGGCUGAAGGUCCCGGGAGCUGGAGAGACUUCUCCCCUGCCAGGAACAAUGGUGAGGUGGCCAGGGGGGCCACAGCAAGUCUCCAAGGAGCAGUAGAUGCAGAGAGCACUGGGCAAGCACAGCGCUUGGGCCUCCACAGCAUGGAUCCAGCUUGGGAGGAGAUGAGAGGGGCAGUGGCCGUGGCAGAGGUGGAGGAGCAGUUCCUGCAAUUGGCCAUCAGAAAGCAAGCCUCUUACAGGAAAGCUAUUGCCAAAUCCAGCCUCCAGCACAUGAUAGCCCAGCCAAACCCUGCACUAGCCCUGAGGAGCGACUCGGAGAGGCAGAUACGCAGCACUGUGGACUGGAGCGAGACUGCGAUAUAUGGGGAGCACAUCUGGUUUGAGACCAGUGUCUCUGGGGACUUCUGCUACGUUGGGGAGCAGAACUGCAUGGCAAAGCUGUUGCAAAAACCGCUCUCCAGGCGUAAGUGCGCAGCCUGCAAGAUUGUAGUGCAUACACCCUGCAUCGAACAGCUGGAGAAAAUAAAUUUCCGCUGCAAACCUUCCUUCAGGGAGUCAGGAUCCCGGAACAUACGAGAGCCCAUCGUUGUCCGGCAUCACUGGGUGCACCGGAGGCGGCAGGAAGGGAAAUGCCGGCAGUGUGGCAAGGGUUUUCAGCAGAAGUUUGCCUUCCACAGUAAAGAGAUUGUAGCCAUCAGCUGUUCCUGGUGCAAGCAAGCGUAUCACAGCAAAGUGUCAUGUUUCAUGCUGCAACACAUUGAAGAGCCCUGCUCGCUGGGGGCUCAUGCUGCUGUCGUCGUUCCUCCCACCUGGAUUCUGCGGGUCCGACGGCCCCAGAAUCCACUAAAAUCUAGUAAGAAGAAGAAGAGGACAUCAUUCAAGCGGAAAUCCAGCAAAAAGGGGGCCGAGGAAGGGAGGUGGAAACCCUUUGUCAUCAAGCCCAUGCCAGCUCCUCUUAUGAAGCCCUUACUGGUGUUUGUGAACCCCAAGAGCGGUGGGAAUCAGGGAGCCAAGAUCAUCCAGUCCUUCAUGUGGUAUCUCAAUCCACGGCAAGUUUUUGACCUCAGCCAAGGUGGACCCAAGGAGGCGCUGGAGCUGUACCGCAAAGUCCACAACCUCCGGAUCCUGGCGUGUGGGGGAGAUGGCACGGUGGGCUGGAUACUCUCCAUUCUGGACCAGUUACGGAUCAACCCACCUCCUCCUGUGGCCAUUCUACCUUUGGGAACAGGGAAUGACUUGGCCAGAACACUGAAUUGGGGUGGGGGUUACACGGAUGAGCCUCUGUCCAAGAUCCUAUCUCACGUAGAAGAUGGGAACAUAGUGCAGCUUGAUCGCUGGAACCUCCAUGUGGAGCCAAACCCUGACACAAACCCUGAGGAAAAGGAUGAGGCAGCCACUGACAAGCUCCCUUUGGAUGUCUUUAAUAACUACUUCAGCCUUGGCUUUGAUGCACGGGUGACGCUGGAGUUUCACGAAUCCCGAGAGGCCAACCCAGAGAAGUUCAACAGCCGGUUUCGGAAUAAAAUGUUCUAUGCUGGGACAGCCUUCUCUGACUUCCUCACUGGGAGUUCCAAGGACUUGGCAAAGCAUGUCAGGCUGGUUUGUGAUGGGACAGACCUGACCUCCAAGAUUCAGGACCUGAAGCCCCAGUGCCUGGUCUUCCUGAAUAUCCCAAGGUACUGUGCAGGCACCAUGCCCUGGGGCAACCCUGGAGAGCACCACGACUUCGAGCCUCAGCGCCAUGAUGAUGGUUGCAUUGAAGUUAUUGGCUUCACCAUGACAUCCCUGGCUGCCUUGCAGGUCGGUGGCCAUGGGGAGCGGCUCUGUCAGUGCCGGCAGGUGGUUCUCACCACAUCCAAGGCCAUCCCCAUGCAGGUGGAUGGAGAACCUUGCAAGCUGGCAGCUUCCUGCAUCCACAUCUCCCUGCGCAACCAAGCAAACAUGGUGCAGAAGACCAAGCGGCGCAACUCCAUGCCUCUGCUCAAUGACCAGCAGCCAGUGCCCGAGCGGCUGCGGAUCCGGGUGAGCCGAAUCAGCAUGCGUGACUAUGAGGCACUGAACUAUGACAAGGAAAAGCUCAAGGAAGCCUCUGUGCCACUGGGGAUCAUCGUGGUUCCAGGAGACAGUGACCUGGAGUUGUGCCGGACACAAAUCGAGAAGCUGCAGGAGGAGGGAGAUGGAGCCAAGCCGAAGACACUGUCAUUCCAGAAGCUUUCACCCAAGUGGUGCUUCCUGGACUCAACCACAGCCAAUCGGUUCUACAGGAUAGACCGUGCACAGGAGCACCUCAACUACGUGACAGAGAUCUCUCAGGAUGAGCUCUAUGUGUUGGACCCAGAGCUAGUGAUCACCCAGACUGUGAGCACCUCUCCUGCCAUGCCCGACCUCGUGGACUCAUCUGCCACACCCCCUGGGCACCACUUUGCAUUCCCCUCCUCUUCCUCCUCUCCACCCUCUUCUCCUGCCCCCAGCACUGAGCCUGAGCGCUGCCUCCCACACAGAGAUGAUCUUCUAAUAGAAGCUGCCAAGGGUGGCAACUUCAGCAAGUUCCAAGAGCUGCAUCGAGCUGGAAGAGACCUGAUGGUGCGAGACUCCUCAGGCCAGACUGUCCUCCACCAUGCCGUCAAAUCAGGGAGCAAGGACAUCGUCAGAUACAUCAUCGAGAACGCCCCUUCAGAAAUCCUUGAUGCUACAGAGGAGGAGAACGGUGAAACCAGCUUGCACCAGGCUGCAGCCUUACGCCAGCGCACUAUCUGCCACUACAUCGUGGAGGCCGGGGCUUCGCUCAUGAAGACAGACCUGCAGGGAGACACCCCAAAGCACCGUGCUGAGAAAGCCAAUGACCCUGACUUAGCUGCCUACCUCGAGAACCGACAGCACUACCAGAUGAUCCAGCGGGAGGACCAGGAGACAGCUGUGUAGUGCUUGGCGUGCCUUAGCCCAAGCCAGCUUGGGCAGGACAAGAGGACAAUGCCAACUGGCAGAGCUAUGAAUCUGGCCCAACUCUCCCUAGAUGUCAGCCUGGUCCUUGGAGAUGGAUACAGCAGAGUUCUGCCCCAGGCUGGGCUGGGACUCUGUUUAUGAGGACAGUGGGUAUUUCGGACUUGAAGCCUGAUUCUUUGUGUGUCCACUCCUUCACCUCUCAUUCACCACAUUCCCUGCCCUAGAUGGGCUCUAUCCCCUGGCCAUAUUGAGGCAAGCCAGGCUGAAUCCCCCAGUCACUCUUGUGCUCGGGAGUAAUGCCAGUGCCCCCUCUGCAGGCUCCUGCCUAUGAUCCUUGUGGGAUAUCAUUCCUCAGACCCUCUCUCUGCUGGCAGUGCCCCUCUUUUAGGUGCUUGGCUAGGUUCAUGUCCUGUUCCUCCUCUCCUGUCUGGCACAGCUGCAGGAGGCACAGGUUCUGCAGGCAGACAGCAGAGGCCAUGAGCCUCAGAUUUUGCUGCAAGGGAAGCAGCACAACUUACUGCCCCUGCC